CGCUCCGAGAGCUUUGCUACUCUCACACUCUCUCUUAGUGGCCCUACCAUCUCCCGAGAUUCUUUGUCUCCAUUUGAUUGACCCUCGGACCCCCAUUCUUGCUCUCCAAACCCUCAAAACCUUAGCUUUUGCUCGCUUUCUCUGCGGAUCGAUCUCGCUUUUAUGGCGUGAGGAUGCUGUCGGACCGUCCUCGCCGAUUCCUUCCUUCUGGCCAGAGUGGGAAGUGGUUCUUGAUGCUUUAGUAGUGGAAGCGCCGACCAGUUGCUCUCUCAGGCGUUCUUGCGGCUCUGGAUGGUAGUUUUUGCUUGGAUGUUGGACUACAUCAGACUUUCUUGUUGAUAAUAGCCCUUUUUUAAUUUUCCCCUCCUUCACAUCUCUUGCAUCAAUGUAGGUGACAGAUCGCGAAGUUUCUUUCUGUUUUUCGUUUACAGUUGGGGCCUUCCGAAAGACAAAAUUGUUCUUUGCGCUUUAACUGGCUUCAAAUUAGUGAAAAUGAAGAAGAUGGAGCUGUGGUGCAUGUUAUUUGUGUUUCUCCCACUUUUAGUUAUUGGAAGUGGGGAUAUUUAUAUUGUGACUAUGGAAGGAGAACCUAUAGUGAGUUAUAGCGGUGGUGUUGAGGGGUUUGCUCCAACAGCUACAGAUUCAGUUGAAGAAAUGGAUAUCACCAGUGAGGCCGUGACUUCAUAUGCCCUUCACCUCGAGAAACAACAUGAUGCGCUUCUAGACUCACUCUUUGAAGUUGGAACCUACAAGAAACUGUAUAGUUAUCGCCAUCUAAUCAAUGGUUUUUCUAUUCACAUAUCUCCUGAACAGGCAGAGGCCCUUAGUAGAGCUCCUGGGGUUAAAUAUGUGGAGAAGGACAUGAAAGUUAAAAAAUUAACGACACACACCCCACAAUUUCUGGGACUACCUACGGGUGUAUGGCCAGCAGGUGGUGGCUUUGACAGAGCAGGAGAAGAUAUUGUGAUAGGCUUUGUGGAUUCAGGAAUUUAUCCAAAGCAUCCUAGCUUUUCUACAUACAAUUCUGAUCCAUAUGGACCCCUUCCACGUUAUAGAGGGAACUGUGAAAUUGAUCCAGAUACAAAGAGGGAUUUUUGUAACGGGAAGAUAAUUGGAGCCCAACAUUUUGCAAAAGCUGCAAUCGCGGCAGGAGCAUUUAAUCCUACAAUUGAUUUUGCAUCACCAUUGGAUGGUGAUGGGCAUGGAAGCCACACGGCAGCAAUUGCUGCUGGGAACAAUGGAAUACCAGUGAGAAUGCAUGGACACGAAUUUGGUAAAGCAAGUGGCAUGGCUCCGCGUGCCAGGAUUGCUGUAUACAAGGUGCUGUAUAGGCUUUUUGGGGGAUAUGUUUCUGAUGUGGUAGCUGCCAUUGAACAGGCUGUUCAGGAUGGUGUUGACAUUCUUAAUCUUUCAGUUGGGCCGAAUAGCCCACCUACGUCUACAAAAACCACAUUUUUAAACCCUUUCGAUGCAGCACUUCUGUCAGCUGUGAAAGCAGGAGUAUUUGUUGCCCAGGCUGCUGGAAAUGGAGGUCCAUUCCCCAAAACCUUGGUGUCUUUCAGUCCAUGGAUUACAACUGUAGCUGCUGCAGUUGAUGACCGAAGAUAUAAAAAUCAUAUAAUCCUAGGAAAUGGAAAAUUAUUACCUGGGCUUGGACUCUCCCCUGCUACACAUGGGAAUAAGUCAUUCGACUUAGUUUCUGCAAAUGAUGUAUUGCUUGAUUCAUCAAUCAUGAAGUACAAUCCAUUGGACUGCCAAAGACCAGAACUUUUAAAUAAGAAAAUGGUGGAGGGAAGAAUUCUUCUUUGCGGGUAUUCCUUCAAUUUUGUUUCAGGCACUGCAUCAAUCAAGAAGGUGUCUGAAACAGCCAAGAGUCUUGGUGCAGCUGGCUUUAUUGUUGCUGUGGAGAGCAGUUAUCCAGGAACCAAAUUUGACCCUGUACCUGUUGGUAUCCCUGGGAUUCUCAUCUCAGAUGUCAGUAAGACAAAGGAUCUCAUAGACUACUACAAUAGUUCAACAAAAAGAGAUUGGGCUGGUAGGCCACUGAGUUUCCAAGCAAUGGCUAGCAUAGAAGAUGGUUUAGCACCUAUACUUCAUAAAUCAGCCCCGCAGGUUGCAUUAUUCUCUUCUCGAGGACCAGAUGUAAGAGAUUUCAGCUUUCAGGAUGCUGAUGUCCUUAAACCAGAUAUACUAGCUCCAGGAAAUCUCAUUUGGGCUGCCUGGGCACCAAACGGAAUAGAUGAGGCCAAUUUUGUUGGAGAAGGAUUUGCCAUGGUAUCUGGAACUAGCAUGGCUGCUCCUCACAUUGCUGGGAUAGCAGCUCUUGUAAAGCAAAGGUACCCCCACUGGAGCCCAGCUGCUAUCAAAUCAGCCUUGAUGACAACAGCCACUACGAUGGAUCGUGAGGAUAGACCACUUCAGGCACAACAAUAUUCCAAAUCAGAAAUUAUGACAUUAGAACAAGCAACACCAUUUGAUUAUGGGAGUGGUGCUGUUGACCCGAAAGCUGCUCUAGAUCCUGGACUCAUUCUAGAUGCAUCAUUCCAAGACUACAUCAGGUUCUUGUGUUCCGUACCAGAUGUUGAUCCUCAUGAGAUUCUGAACAUCACAAGCUCAGCUUGCAAUGCAACUGGUGGCCAUCCAGCUGAUCUCAACAGCCCAUCAAUCGCCAUCUCCCAUCUGGAGGGAACUCAAACAGUCAAGCGAACUGUCACAAACGUGGCUGAGUCGGAGACUUAUGUCAUCACCACUAGAAUGUCACCAGAGAUUGCAUUAGAGGCCAGUCCUCCUGCGAUGACAGUGUUGUCGGGCGCAUCCCGUGAGAUGACAGUGAGCCUGACAGUUAGGUCGGUGACCGGAGGGUAUAGCUUUGGCGAGAUUCUGAUGAAAGGUAAUAGAGGGCACAAGGUGAGGAUCCCAGUUGUUGCGGCGGGGUUCAGGUGAUAAAGAAGGUUUGAUCUCCAAUCUUGUAUUAUUCUUUGUAGUAGGAUGAAAUAAAACUUACAAGCUAUAUCUGUAAACAAAUCGCGCAAUGUAAAUGCUAAUAACAGUAUUUUAGUGUGUGUGAUACUGCAAGCUUUCAUCAAUUCUAACUUUCGUGGGUUCAUGGAU